AUUUUAAUUUUCACAAUUACACCGACAUGUAUAUAAUUUAAGUGACUUGAAGAGUGAGAGACCUAAAGAAAAUAUAUUGUGAGACCGGCUUUCAGUAAGUGACCCUAGCCCACCCUAGUUCUAAUGUUGACUUGCGUAUGUAUGUAGUAAGCAGGUUAAGCAGGUUAUUGCAACUAUUGCAAGGAGGUUGAGAUGUUGCAUCUUGAGAGGAAUAGGUAUAAGUAUUCGUGAAAAAAAAAAGAAAACGGUAAAGAAGAAACGAUCGUCAUGCAAGAACGAGGACGACGUUGAGAGACUGCGACGCGGUCUGAUCGGCGUGCACCGUCACCUGAUCUAACCUAACCCGCGCGAGAGCACUGGAGAGCACCAAGGGCGAAAGGAGUUUCUCCGAUCGGCGUGAAAAAUGUGAAUGUUUCUCGCGCCUCGCAACGCACCGCGAGUCUCGCGUUUAUGCGAGAGGACCAGAAAAGACGAGAAAUGGAGAACUAUUCCGUGCGUAUUAAUUAUCCGCAAACUGCUCGUGGAGAUGUUGACGAGUCGCCGGCAUCCCAUGACGGCUCCCAGCCGAAGCAGCAGGAUCACGUCAGAAAGAGGGAAGACGUGAUCGUCCUGACCAGCGACACGAAAGGCGGUCUAUUCAAUCCCCGAGCCCUCCUCUUUCUCACCCUGUGGUACGUCUUUAGCGGAUGCACUCUAUUUCUAAACAAAUACAUACUGUCCUACAUGGAGGGUGAUCCCACUAUCCUGGGUGCUUGCCAAAUGUUGAUGACUGCGAUAUGUGGAUUGAUACAAAUGUACUUUCCCUGCGGUAUGUACAAAGCUAGUCCAAGGUUAAUGAGACCACCAGGAUUUUACAAGCAUAUGACAUUGGUAGGCUGCACAAGGUUUGCCACCGUAGUCUUAGGUCUAGUAUCGUUAAAUUAUGUAGCUGUAAGUUUCACAGAGACCAUAAAGAGUAGCGCACCUCUUUUUACCGUCCUCAUCAGCAGGUAUUUAUUAGGGGAACAUACAGGACUAUAUGUAAAUUUAUCUUUAAUACCUGUAAUGGGUGGUUUGGCAUUGUGUUCCAUCAAUGAAAUUAGUUUCGAUCUUAGGGGAUUUAUCGCCGCUAUGGCCACAAACGUAACCGAGUGCUUACAGAAUGUUUAUUCAAAGAUGUUAAUUAGUGGUGACAAUUUCAAAUAUACACCAGCGGAAUUGCAAUUUUAUACCAGUCUAGCAUCAAUUGUAGUACAAGUACCGGUAUCAAUAUUGUUAGUUGAUCUACCUACUCUGGAGCAUUCCCUGAGUUUCAAAUUAUUCGCAGCAUUCCUUCUCAAUGGAGUGUUCUUCCACUUUCAAAGCAUUACCGCUUAUGUACUUAUGGACUAUAUCAGUCCCGUAACACAUAGUGUUGCUAAUACUGCAAAGAGAGCCUUCCUAAUAUGGCUUUCUGUUUUAUUAUUUAACAAUCCUGUGACGGGAUUAUCAGCGCUUGGCACUUCCUCCGUCAUAGUGGGAGUAUUGCUAUACAAUCGAGCACAGGAGUACGAUAGGAUGAACAGAACGAAAUUACGAUAUUCGUCGAAGAUCAAUUUGCAAUAAGACCACUUCUUAGUCUACAAAGAUUCUGUACAUAGAUGUGUACAGAAGGGGAAGAAACGUAUGUCACACUGCACCAAAUAUAUUGCGUAUUGGUAGUACAAAUGGUAUCCAGUUUUUAUACAACAAUAUUCUGUUCAGUGAAAUCCAAGACAGUAACAUUUAUAGGCUUAAGACGAAGUGUGCAAUCAACGGAAAUUAUUUGUUUGUUGAAUUUAGUGAUUGCCCUAGGAAAUUUUUGUGACCUGUUAAGAAUGAUUAGUCUUUUCACAGUUUGUAAUAUAAAACAUUAUAACUGUAAAGUGUAAUUUAUAUUGUUUCUGAAGUUGAGAAUACAAGUUGAGAAUUUGCACAAUGAGAAAUGCCUGACAGGUAUGAUAAAAAAUGGGAUGAGUGAUCACAUGUGUCAAAAAGUAUCUGAUUAUUGUAUUAUACAAGUGUUCCUAAUGUAAAUGUGAGAACUGUGGAAUGUAUAAAAGAGUUUUAUAAAAAUAAAAUUUAUAUACCUACU